CCUCAGCCUGCUCGCGGAGAGGAGGGCGGUGACCGGCCGCCCAGCCCGCCGGGGAGGAGAAGCACCCCCGCCUCCGCCGCGGGGCCGGCACGACCCUGCUCACGCCCGGUUAAAUGUCACGGCUCCCCGGCUGCUUUCCGCCGCCGCCCCGCGCGUCGCUCACCUCGGGAGGUGGCUGUGAAGGUGGCGGCAGAAGCAGCCCCGGCUGCGGCGCGCCCCGCCGCCGCUCGCCGUGAGGGAGCGCCCAGGCAGCCGCCAGUAAGCAAGCAGUGGAGCUAGAAAACCUGACAGCAAACUGUCUUCCCUGCUUGUAUCCAUGGAGCCUGGAUUUUGCAAGGUUGAUAUUAAGAUAAAGAGUGUGGAGACACAAGUAGUGGAAGACUAUCACCACAAGUGUGAGCAAUGAGCAGUUUCAAAUUGGUGCAGUGAUUGUCUGCAGGACUUGAACCCACUAAGUGUUAAGGUUCGUUUCAUGCAUUUUGAGUGCAGUUCCAUGAGAGAUGCUGUUGCCCAUGACAGGUUGGGAUUAUCAUGAUCAAGUGCUCCAUUUUGACUUCAGCCACUGGCUAAAACCUUUGUAUGGUAAAGAGGGAGCGCUGGACUUUUAAAAGCAUUGAACAGGCCUGUGACGGAGGGAUAGAACGGAUCAGUGGAGUCAUGCAUCACACAGCUGUAUCAUGCUGGCAGCCAUUCCUGGGUCUGGCUGUACUGCUGGUCUUCACAGGCCCCACCAUAGGCUGCCCAGCCCGCUGUGAAUGCUCGGCACAGAACAAGUCUGUCAGCUGUCACCGAAGACGUCUGAUGUCCAUCCCAGAGGGCAUUCCCAUUGAGACCAAAAUCUUGGACCUCAGCAAGAACCGACUGAAGAGCGUCAACCCUGAGGAAUUCACGUCAUAUCCUUUGCUGGAGGAGAUUGACCUCAGUGACAAUAUAGUUGCCAAUGUGGAGCCUGGAGCCUUUAACAAUCUCUUCAACUUGCGCUCCCUGAGGCUGAAAGGAAACCGUCUGAAGUUGGUCCCCCUUGGGGUGUUCACCGGGUUGUCAAACUUAACAAAGCUUGAUAUAAGUGAAAACAAGAUUGUCAUUUUACUGGACUACAUGUUCCAAGAUCUGCAUAACCUAAAAUCCCUGGAGGUUGGGGACAAUGAUUUGGUUUAUAUAUCACACAGGGCCUUUAGUGGACUGCUUAGCCUGGAGCACCUUACCCUGGAGAGAUGCAACCUCACAGCUGUACCAACAGAAGCUCUUUCUCACCUCCACAACCUCAUCAGUCUGCAUCUGAAACAGCUCAACAUUAAUGUUUUGCCUGCUUAUGCCUUUAAAAGACUGUUUCGCCUGAAAGACCUAGAGAUAGACGCCUGGCCCCUUCUGGACAUGCUACCUGCCAACAGUCUGUAUGGUCUCAACCUUACUUCUCUCUCCAUCACCAACACCAACCUCUCUGCAGUACCUUACUCUGCUUUUAAACAUCUGGUUUACCUGACACAUCUAAACCUCUCGUACAACCCUAUCAGCACCAUUGAAGCAGGCAUGCUUUCAGAUUUAGUGCGCCUGCAGGAACUCCACAUGGUGGGGGCCCAGCUACGUACCAUUGAAUCACAUGCUUUCCAAGGGCUCCGAUUCUUACGUGUGCUUAAUGUGUCCCAAAACCUGCUAGAAACCCUAGAAGAGAAUGUAUUUCAUUCCCCCAAAAGCCUUGAGGUCCUCUGCAUUAACAACAAUCCUCUGGCCUGUGACUGUCGUCUCCUUUGGAUUUUACAGAGACAACCCACUUUGCAGUUUGGAGGCCAGCCACCAAUGUGUGCUGGCCCAGACAGUGUCAAAGAGAGGUCAUUCAAAGACUUUCACAGCACAGCUCUUUCCUUUUACUUCACCUGUAAGAAACCCAAGAUACAAGACAAGAAGUUGCAAUACCUGGUAGUGGAGGAAGGUCAGACGGUGCAGCUGAUUUGCAAUGCUGAUGGCGAUCCACAGCCCACCAUAUCCUGGGUUACCCCACGUCGGAGGCUGAUCACAACUAAAUCAAAUGGAAGAGCCACCGUGCUGGGAGAUGGAACCCUGGAGAUCCGAUUUGCUCAAGACCAGGACACUGGGAUCUAUGUUUGUAUUGCGAGUAACGCAGCUGGGAAUGACACCUAUUCGGCCUCCCUUACGGUAAAGGGAUUUACUUCAGACCGUUUCCUUUAUGCCAACAGGACCCCUAUGUAUAUGACAGACUCCAACGACACCAGUUCCAAUGGAACUAAUGCGAACACCUUCUCUCUGGACCUUAAGACAAUAUUGGUGUCCACAGCUAUGGGCUGUUUCACAUUCCUUGGAGUGGUUUUAUUUUGUUUCCUUCUUCUUUUUGUGUGGAGCCGAGGGAAAGGCAAACACAAAACCAGCAUUGACCUUGAAUAUGUCCCUCGCAAAAACAAUGGUGCUGUGGUUGAAGGGGAGGUUGCUGGACCACGAAGGUUCAAUAUGAAAAUGAUUUGAUGGUAUUCUGCUAGCAGUGCUUUUUCUGUGGCAUUAAAACCAAUUAAACAAGCCUGGCAUGUGGACUUGCUAGGCAGAAGCAGCUUAAUGCAGCUGUCACUGUAUCAAAAGGUUACAUGAAAACGGAAAGACUAUUUGUGGUUAUACAGCAGAGCCUCCAGACCUUGAGGCAGAUAUGUCAGGGCCUUUCAUAGAACUGGUAAAUUGUACUAACUGUUUGCAUUGCAAAUAUUGGCAUUCUGGGGAUAUCAGCAAUGAACCGCUGGCUCAUGCUCAUGGACAAUUGUUCAACAUUUUCUACCACUACAAAAAGAAAAGGAAAAAAAAAAAAAAACAACACCUACAGUGUAGGAUUUACAUACUUAAAGAAAAAGACACAUUUGUCUAAAACAUACUCUACAGUGAAAUUUGUAUCUAUAGAUCUCAUUUGGUAAAACCUUGCAUCAUCCCUUCUAGUUGGUUCAACACCACAAAAAAUUGGUAGUUUUUUUUAAUCUACAUCUAUACUGUGUACAUUUUAAAGCAAUACAAAUGAGAGGUUGUGCUUUUAGAUAUCCACCAAUACUGACCCAAGUGUGAUGUCACCGUCCUUUUAACCACCUUCCUACUCAAAUUAGAGUUCUGUAGUUACCAAUUAGAAAUAACUUAUUUUUCUCCACACGUGGAAGACCAGAGAUGAGUAAUUGAGAGCAAAAAUGCUCAGCUCUGUUCAUCUUCUCUUCGUAUAAAUAUAAGGCAUGUGCCUAGUUUUGAUACAGAAUGGAAUAUUUUUUAUAUCUGUGAUAUCACACUGGACCAGUUUACUGUAACAUAGCCCUGGAUCUCACCCAGGGAAGGCAACCCACUAGACAUUGCUGGCACAGGGGACUUGAGUUCUGCCUUGAAUAGAGAGAGCUGGUUUUGUUAGCCCUGAUUUUAAUUUCAAAGCUACUGUUGAAAUGUUAAUGUGUCCUGGGCAAAAAAGAAGAACAUAAUACAUUCUGCAUGCUCCUUGGUAAAUAUGGUCAUAUUACUAUUUAUAUGAAUGAAUUAAAACACACAAAAGCUCUGCUACGAGGAAUGAACUCUUCUCCAAUGCCAAGUAAACGACGGUUGUCCAUGCGUAUUAUGGGGAUUAUAAAACUAAAAUAAUGUUUAAAUCAUGAUAGCCUCAAAAAGGCUAACAAACUGCCAGAUAUAAUGAACCUCUAGCCACAAUCACUCUCAUCUUGUAUAUUUGUAGAUAACACACAAACAAAGCUAAUUUCCAAUAACAGAUUACUUAGCUAUUAUUGAUGCCAUUUUAAUAACAAUGUGGUUAUGUUUCUUUCAGGGGCAUUAUCUUAAACCAAGAGGGGCAAGUUAUUCCAGUUUUUAGGAAGUUUUUUUAUUGGAAAGAAAACAGAAGUGGAAUGUUAGUUCAGUACAAGUAACUGUUUUAUGCCCCUAAACGAAUUGUCAAAAGGCUCAGAAAUGAAACUUUAUUCUUUAUUGUUGAUACCACUAUUCUUAUUUUGAAAUUCUCAGCAAUGGGAAGAUACGGAGUUGUGCAACCAAUUCGCAAUUUUCCAGCAAUUAUGAGCCAUGGGUUUGUUCCUAAGUGAUUGAUAGCAAAUACAAUUUAUAAAUGAUUGGCAUAACUGGACUAAGGAUAAUACUGACUCUGUACAUAUUUAGCCAAAAUGAAUAUGAACAUACUUUAAGAGAGAAUAUUCAGAUUAAAGCAAUUUAAGAGCCUGUGUCCAAUCUUAAAAUGAGAUUUCAGCACUUUGAAACCAAAGUCAGGCUGACCUCUAAUGGGAUGCAGGGGCCUCUAAAAUUAGUAUCCACAUUCUUUGACAGAGGUUUACUAAGCAAGUUAAAAAUCUCUUGCUCCUGUCAAGGGAAAUGUGCCAAAAGUAAAAUACAGCUGCGCUGGAGUAUCACUAACAUUGCUAUAAGACCCAAGGCUAAGCAGUUUUGAGAAUCUCUUUUCUUUCUGGUUGAUCUUUAGUUGCAUCAUUGCUCCAUUUUAAGUUAUGAAACUGAGGAGAAUGCAAAGGUUGUUAGAAUUUUCUUCACUUCAGUUGGUUUUAAGUUUAGAUUUGGGUUUUCUUGCUUCCUUUUUUUAUGCACUGAGCUAGAGAGCUGGAGAUUUAUGGAGGUGCUUGAGACUGAUCCUCUUUGUUUUACGACAGUUUGUAGAAUAUUAAUGAAACAGGAUAACCCCUGAAUAAAUUCUAACACCAGGGAAAUUAUUUUUGCUGAUAUAAUAACCACAGCACUGAAGUCCAAAACUCUACUGUACCUUAAUGAGGGCAGUUACAGAAACAAAUGGGGAUAAAACAAAGUGUUUCUGAACUGCCCAUUGAAGACAUUUGCAUGUGCCUUUCCCUUGUAAUUGUCAUUUUUUCAAUGAGUAAUCUAUUGCCCCUGCAGUCAUUUCAUGUUUAAUGUUAAAAUCAAUGUUAAAAGCAAAAAUUAUCCUAAAUUCUAGACCAUUGCAGCUGACCGCUUCAUAUUAAAAAAAAAAAAAAAAAAAAAAAAAAAAGUGCUUUUAGAAUUAAUAAUGAGUUGCUGAAUUCCCAUAUUCCCUUAGAAUGACUCCAAAAAGUGAUUGCAUUGUUAGUGCACUGCAAGGAUUUCUGAGCAGUAAUGUGCUUAGUUACCCAUGUGAAAUGUGUGCUGGUGAUGAAAAUCACUGCUUGCUCUUGCUGAGCACCACCUUGCAGAACUGUCAGUGUUGUGUGUAUUGCCUUCAGUUCAGUCAGUAUUCAGUUUUUAAGAAUCAGUGUUUGCUGCCUGCCUCUAGCAAUGUUCUACUUUUUUGCAGCCUAUUUAUUUCACCAUGGACUUGGCAAGGCAUAUGGCAUCUCUUGUGAGGAGUGAGGACAGCAUGACUCAGAGACAUAGUCUUCAUAUAUAUUCAUGGGACACACGCUCACUGUGGCUGUUUAGAGUAUAUAAGGAACACAGUGUCAGGCUUAGACAAGCACCUUUUUGUCAAUUCUUUUAAGAAAAGAUUGGCUGAAUGCCUACCUUGUCUUUUAAAAUAAUCACUACUUCUUCUCUGCUAGAGGUCAAGGAGAUACCACAGUUUAUCCUACUGCAAGGGAGAAAAAGGGCUGGGCUGUGAGGAGGCAUCUGACCCACAUGGCACUCUUACUGUAUAUUCAGAAACCAGUGGACAAUGCACACCUGCCACCAAAAGAGAGAAUGAUGGUUUUCCCCUACCUCCAACUUGUGUACUAGUUGCCCCCUUCACUGGCUCAAGGCCAAACCUGAACUCACCUGGUAGUCAGUGCAGCAAAACUCUGAGGAGCAGCAAUAGUCCUGCAGAAAAGGAGAAAACUGAAAAUGUUGAAACCAGCAGAGCCACUUGAGAAAGCAGGUACCACAGUAUCCUUGUCAAUAAUUCCUAUAAGAGCAGUGCUGAGCGUCCCACAAAUACAUUUUGAAGUCCACUUGCAUAGAGCAGUACUCCUCUUCCAUAAUGGAUGGAUAUAGAAGUGCUUAGAUUUCCCAUGACUGAGUUAAAGAGAAUACUGCAGCAAUGUUUUAAGAAAAGAGUUUACAAUGAUUUAAGAAUCAACGACAGCUAAGCAGCAUCCUACCUCAGCUUUGUUUUCAGGUUUUGAGCUGGUUCUCUUUUUGUUUCUUUGAGGGUUUUUUUGUUGUUUUGUUUUUGUUUUUCUCUGAUUUGCAUUUUGGUUGGUUGGUUGUUUUUGUUUGUUUGUUUGUUUGUUUUGUUUUCCCCUUCUUCCUUCCUUAUUAACUUGGAAGUGUUCUUUUCAGAAAGGUUUAAUUCUAACCAUCAGCUCAGUUAGAUUCGGACUGGGAGAAUACUUUUGCCCUCCCCCCCUUCCUCACCAUUCACAUGGGUUCCCAGUGCCAACAGGGUCAAGAACUCCAGAUACAAUCAAAAUCAGCCAAGAGACUCUGAGCCCCUAGAGAACUGUUGACACAAGCUAGUGUCACUAGUUUUUGUUUUAUUUUUUUAACUAAACUUUGUUGUUUUUUUUAAUUAUGUUUAUGCUAUUCUCAUACUGCCAUUAAAGGUUUCCUUUAUUUAUUUGAAUGGUAGGUAUAUCCUUUUCCUUAUUUCUUGUGUCAUGGCGUUGCAUUACCUGUGAUGGUAACAAUAAAACUGCCAUAAAGAAAAUUAAGAAAGAAAGCCACAUUACACCCUCAACACCACAAAUUUUACUGAGACACAGUAAGAAGUCAGUGUUAAUAUUUUAUAGAAAGUCUUAUCUUAACCUUGUGAUACAGGAAGACACUGGUGUGGAGGAACUUUGAAAUGUAGGACAUUUUGCAACUGAAUCACAUCUGAGAUACAUAGAAAUAGAUUUUCCCACACCAUGCAUAGAAGUCUGCUUUAGAUAUUGGAAUUUUCCCAAAAAUCUUUCAGGAUGUGUGGAUGCCAGAAGCCCACGUUUAACCCAUAAAAAGACAAAGUAUUGGCUGAAAAUCCAGUAGCGCAAGCAGCUUCUGGCUGCCCAAGGACAACAGUAGCUUCUAGAAAAGACAACCAAAAAAGCUGCAGUUAUAUAGUUAUUUUGCCUCUUCUGCUACUGCAUCCUGUUAAAAAAGGGUCCAUUAGCCAGUAACAACAUGGACAACCCUUACUAAUUUUUCUUCAAAGAGGGCAACAUUUGUAUAAAUAAACUAGAGUCUCUUCUACCUCCUUCCCCAGCAGUGAAACAUCCAGCAAGAAACAAGGAAAGGGAAAACAUUCUGCCCAGCUUGCUGAUUAUCAUUUUCCCCUGAAUGAUUCUAGUCUGCCUGGGGUUAGCAUGAUGACAGCUCUGUCCCUUCCCAUCCUCUUAGCUCACAAUGUGGCUUGACAUGCAGCAGCAGGGAAAGGAGAACACGGUCAAGCUGUGCCUCCUCCCUGAACUGUAGCUCUGGUUUUCUCAAAUAACAGGAGUGUAGCAGCAGUGUCUUAGAAACUGAAGUCUGUUGCAACUUAUCUGUAGUUUUGCCAUUGGACAACAUAUGGGAAAACACUGGAUACAGGCUUUUUGACCUAAUUUCAGUACCUUAGGGGAUUUCUCUUUGUGCUAAAUGAACUAAGAAAGAAAGCCUAAAAAAACUUUCAUACAAUAAUUUAAAAGUUAAUAGUGCCUGAAGGAAAUAAAGGAACAUCUUUGGAAAGGGAAAGGGGCCUGAUUGCUGGAGAAUGACUGAAAAAAAGAAUGAGAUUUUUCAAAUUAGCUAAGCAAUUUGGAUGCCCUGUUCCUAUACCUGUAAUAAGAAUUACUAACUCAGUUUCCCCUGGCAGCUUAUACAAAUGAGAGCCAGUUGGUUCAGUGACACAUGCUCCCUUUGUCUACCGGCUCUGCCCUCUUCCCUUCUCAGUUUCAAAUUACGGUGAUGCCAAAUGAAGAUCUCUGGAUUUGGUUUCGUUUCACUGCAUUUUCACAUGGCUUUUGGAAUCUAAAUCUCAAAGCAGGAUCUUAAACUGUCUUCAAGCCAAAAAUAAAAAAGCAUGAUGAAGCUUGAAUUAACUUCCUCCUGCAAAUUAAAUAAACCAACUUCUGUAAGGUUCUUGCUACUGAAUGCCAAAAGCAAUCUGCAGGUUGAAUGUCUGAGUCUUUUUCUUUUUUUUUUUUUUUUUUUUUUACUAAAUGCAGGUGGUUUGAUUUAAGGCCAGCUGGAAAUAAAGAUCUGUAUUUAUAGCCUCAGCAGAAUAAGGAAAGAGCUGGCACAUUCAAGAAAAUGUUCCAUGUUAUUUCAACCUAAAUUUAAGGGUACUUAAUCCUUCAUAUUCAAAUAACUCAUAAAAGAGUACAAAAGAGCAGACUUUCACCUCAUAAUCUGAUUAUUUGUAUUUAUUCAAACUGGUACCAAAAUUGUCAUGAAGCAGAAGUUUUGAAGCAAGAGACUGAAAACAGUUUUUCUGCUCUAGUCAGGCAAUGUAAAUCAGGAUAAAUCCUCUUGAUACCAUUCUGUUACUCCUUAGCUACACUAGAAAUUCGAUAAAGUAAUCUAGGUUUUUUGCUUUCUACUAAGUGGGCUACAGUGGAAAAUAAGCAGAACUUAUGUUGUAAUUAUUUUCUCACCUUGUGGCAUACCUUCUGUUCUGGAUUCUUUUAAUACUUACCACUGCUAACUGAGUUGGAGAAUGUGAAAUGUAGAUUCUGGGAAGAAAAGGAAAAAAAUGGAAAAGAAAAUCUGUAACCUUAAAGAAGUCUGUCUAUUUCUAUGUGUGGUAUUUGCAAGUCAUUAUCUCCUCACACAUAAGUCAAGAGCAAUGGCUUGAAAUUUCAAGGCAGCUAUGAAGAUGGUUGUCAGCUUGUACACACGUUAAUAAUUUUGAUCUUUCAGAAGACAAAAUAUUAUUACUUCUUAACUAAUUAAUUUUCGUCAUUUUGAUACAUAAAGCAAAUGACACUUUGGCUUCAUUACAGUGAGCACUGUGUAAGUAGGAAGUAAAUGACCAUGAUCUGGUGAGCUUACAGCCAUAUAGUAGGAAGUUGGCUUCUGGGCAAGUAUAUAUGAUAGAAAGUCUCUCAUUGUUUAGGGAAGGAAUGCCAUAAUGCAUAUAUAUUAAAUUAUCAUCACACUUACUGAAAUCUGUUUGCAAGCACAUGUAGUUCAUAUGUAUAUGUUUGUGUGUGCAAAAAAAGACUUAUAUUUGUUUUGACCUUUUCUUACUUCGAGUAUUAAAUGUAUAUUGUUUUUAAAAGGUGACAAGGUUAACCAGAAAAAAUGUGUUGUAGCUUAUUUUAAUAUAUAUGAUCAUGAAUAUGGAUGGGAAAUGAAACAGCCUUGCUGUUAUGAUCCAUGAACAAGUCGGGUUUAUCCAUAAGUUCACUUCAUUCAUGUUUGAGCAAAGUAUGCUGAUAUAAUGAAAAAAAAAAAAAAAAAAAGCUUUGUUUGUCGAGACAGUUGUCCUGAAUGUCAUUUUAAAGUUACUUUAGGGCUUAUGUCAUGAUAUGUAUCAUACUUAUCCAAAAUGAAACCCAAAUAAAUCAUUCCAUGGAGUGGUAAAA